GCCGCGCCUUCAGGACCACUUUUACUUUUUAAAUUUUUCGUAGAGGGGCGAAUGAAUUCAGUGUACGUAUAGUGGUGUUCCUUUAGUGUUGUGUUCGGUCGCAACGCAAACUCGCGUCUCUUUGAGCAUUUUCUCGGUUAACACGUGCGUCGAUUUGAAGUGCGCCCGACUCGUCAAUCGAAUUGGAUAUUCUUUUAUAGAGAUGGGGCUAAGAACAUUUAUACUGUGCGGCUGCCUCGCAGCGGUAAGUGCAACCUUAGAGGUUGUGAAUCAAUGGAGUUUGCUGCAGUUCGAUUUUCCACCAGACCCGGUCUUGCUUGAAAAGUUCCAACCUGAAAACACUGUCCCGACGGGCUUAGAAGUUGGAUGGGACAGGCUAUACUUGGGAAUACCACGUCUUCGUGCAGGUGUACCGGCGACUCUGGCAUGGGUGCCCCGUUCUCUACCACCCGGUGUCAGUCCGGUUCUUCAGGCGUAUCCGGACUGGUCAUGGCACACAGCUGGACGUGGGGACAUCAACUGCACAGGCUUAAUAUCUGUGUAUCGCGUGCGUGCUGAUCGUUGUAACAGGCUUUGGGUGUUGGAUGCCGGCGUUCUUACCAGCCUUGACGACUUCCGUCGUGUUUGCCCACCAAAGAUCCUUAUUUUUGAUAUGGCUACCGACCGUUUGGUGAGAAGUGUAUACUUCCCGCGAGAACUGCUGCGUCCUGCGUCUCUCCUCACAAACAUCGUGCUAGAUGACAGCAGGUCAUCCGCCUCCCGUCAUUCCUCGACGUGUGAUAAUCUAUUCGCUUACAUUACUGACACCGUCGCCCCGGGUAUUAUCGUCUAUGAUGGCAGAAGAGACAAUGCUUGGCGCGUAACCCACGCAUCUAUGUACCCCGACCCCGACCUCGGAGAGUACGAUAUCGGCGGUGAAAAGUUCACCCUCAUGGACGGCGUUGUCGGUCUCGCCCACUCUCCUGCCCAGGGAUUACUUUAUUACCAACCUUUGGCUACUGACAGAAUAUUCAGCGUAUCCACAGCUGUUCUUGCAUCCGGUCCCCCAGCAGAAGGAACUGACUUACCGGUUAAUCUUGUGGGACGUAAAUCUUCCCAAGGUCUUGGUCUCGCCGUGGAUCCGAGGGACGACACCAUAAUCUUCAGUCCAAUGUCAGAAACAGCAAUAGCUGCCUGGAAUCCUAUUACAAACUCACACAGAGUGCUAGCUCAGGAUGCAGACAAACUGCAGUUCUGCGCGGAGGUGCGCUGGGUGGAGCGCGACAAUGGCGCUGUAUGGGCGCUUUCAACGCGCUUCCACAAGUACUUCAAACGAUCUGUAUCGAAGCAUGAGAUCAAUGUACGCUUAGUUCGUGUCGUGGAGGCAGGUUACGGCGGUGGCUACGUACCUAUUCAACCGCACGCGCUUCGCCGAUCUGCCAACUUCACUGCCUCGCUCUACUGAACACUGAUAUAUGAAUAAAACCAAUACUCAUUUCAAAUUUCGGUUUAUUCAAUAAAUUAGCAAACGGCUUCAUUUCUUAUAUUCAGGCGUUCGGUUGUUAUUCAUGAAAGCAAAGAACAUAUAGCGAAAAUGUGUUUGAUAGUGCAAGUAACAGUAUGAGUCCCAAAGGUAUACAAAUAUGUUUUGCUGCAUAUCGGGUCGUUGGGUUGUCGAACAUUUUUUUCUAACAGACUAAGUAUUCGUUUCCCACCGAGCACUAAGUCAAUUAUAGCCACAUUGAAUUGGAAAAGUUUCGAGGUAGGGCUUUAACGCUAGACUUUCUAUCAGCAGUUAGUCAAUAGCCCUGUGAUGGCCCAGGUGUUAGAACCGUGAAUAGAUACGUGAAUCUUAACCGUUGGUUGCAGGAUCUAACCCAUGCAAGCACCAUUUAAUUUUAUGUGCAUAAUUUGUAUUUAUAAAAUUUGUCUCGUGCUUGGCGGUGAGGGAAAACAUCGUGAGGAAACCUACAUAUAUCGAAUGGGAUUCUGCCACAUCCGUUGCCAAGAAUCUGCAUUGAAGCAGCAGAACCAUACUUUUUUCUCAAAUGGAGACUUUAAUCCAUCAAGGGACGUUUGUGAGAUGUUACUUUACUUUGCAAAUGCACUUGCUAUAUUGUUAUGUAAAAUAAAAUGUGUUCAUUAAGUAAUAAUAAUUCAAUAUUAACCGCUUUUAUUCAAUAAUUUUGUAUAUAUAAUAAUAACCGAGCGUCUUUCGUACUCUAGUUGUAAUGCUACAGACUGCAAAUUUGCUAUAGGGAGAAAAUAAUUUUAGAUUCAAUAUAAAGGUUGUACAUUUCAAAUAAACUAUUAAAUAUUUCUUUGAAUAGUCUGAUGUAAUUUUUUAUAUACAUGUAUGUUGUAUAACAUAAAAUGUUCACAGCUGCGCAUUAUUAAAUAUAAUGAUAUUUUACGGCAUCAGUAUACAUGCAGUAUUUUUUCUUUAUAUUUAAAUAAAAUCUAUGACGAAUCGAUUCUGAAUUGUGAUACUGUAAUAUUAUUCAUGAAACUUGUUUAUCUUUCGAAUUUAAUUACAUAUUAUUGCAAAUAUUAAAUGCAAUACGUGUAUGAGUAAAUGUAAACUGUAUGAGUAAAUGUAAUGUAAUGUGCAGAAAUACAAAAACAUUUUGUAUUAUUGCUGAACAACAUCGUAAGCAGUUUUUUGUUUCUCGUUUAUACACCAUUUAAUUCUAUUCGAAAAACGUGUGAAGGAUUUUUUUUUAAUAUGUAUUAUAAGUAAACUUUUUUGUUUCGUCGCUGUGAAUAAUUCAAAACAAUGCCAGUGUUUAGAAAAGUUUUCUAGGCUUAAUGUAACUAAGUUUAACAUAGUUUAAUUAAAAUUUAUAAUUAUGCAGUCUGUAGUGGUCUUUAGCCUAUUAUAUGAAAGCCAUAAAUUAUAUUUUUAGGUUCUAGUCUUUUUUGGAAUAUUGAUCUUUUAAAACCAAAUCUACUCAAUAACAAAUUCUCACUUCUUCAAUUGAAAACCAAAUUAUUAACACUUUUUUUGACAUGAAUUGUCUGUUUUCAUUUAAUUUCGUAAAAAUAAUAAUCUUACAAUAAAUAAAAGUUACUAUCUUUAUUAAAUUUCAAAAUAAUCUUAUCUAUAUUGUAUGGAAUAAGACAAGUUACCUUAGACGUACCGUUUAAGUUACCGCUGCUUAAUUUUAAGUAAGAUAGUGAGUUAACUUAUGUAUAAAUGUAAACACAUAGUAUAAAUUCAUGGCGAUUUGUAUAAUAUGAAUAUUUUAUGUUUGAUCGAGUAUACAAAUUUUUUUGAAUGUAUUUAUUAAUAUGUAAAAAUCAUUUUGUACUUUUAUAAUACAAUAAAAGAGCCAAAUGUU